AUGAAAAUGAACGUUUUGGAGUUAUUUAGUGGUAUAGGGGGAAUGCAUAUGGCCCUUGAAGAAAGUGGCGUUGAAGGCAAUGUAGUGGCUUCAGUUGAAAUAAAUCCAAAUGCCAACGUUAUUUACAGGCAUAACUUUCCGGAAAUCAACAUAUUGAACAAGAAUAUUGAAGGUUUAACUGGUGAAUUCAUAAAUAAGUUGGAUAUUAACACAAUACUUAUGUCUCCACCAUGUCAGCCAUUUACAAGGAAUGGGCUGAAAAACGAUGUUAAAGAUACGAGAACAAACCCGUUUAUGCAUAUUUUGAACUUGCUACCGGAGUUGACGAAGGUGGGGAGGAUUUUGAUUGAGAACGUCAAAGGUUUUGAGAAAUCUGAAAUGAGGGGUAUAUUGUUGGACGUUUUGAAGAAAAACGACUUUAUUUGGCAAGAAUUUAUUUUAACUCCUACACAGAUUGGUGUUCCUAAUACCAGGCAUAGAUACUACUGUUUGGCUAAGAGAAGACCGCUACAAUUUGACUUUGAUGUUGGGGAUUUGAUGGAAAUUUUACCGAAUUACAACAGCAAAACAGAGUUGUACCCUAUAUCGGAAAUACUGGAAAAAACCAUCAAAACUGAGGAGUAUAUGUUGAGUGAAAAAGUUUUAGUCAAACGCUUGAAAGUUUUGGAUAUUUGCUAUAGUGACUCAAAAAGAUCUUGUUGCUUUACAAAGGCUUACAGUAAAUUUUUGGAAGGGACUGGUAGUGUUUACACCGCAAAAUCACAAAAGGAAUACAAGGAGGUUUGCGAUGAAAUCAGUAUAAAUAAAAAUGAUAGGGAUAAAAUCUCCUUAAUGAAGUCUUUGGAGUUGAGGUUUUUCAGCCCCAAGGAAAUAUCGCGGCUGAUGUCUUUUCCGGAGAAAUUUUCGUUUCCAGAUGAUGGCGUGGUAAAAUUGAGGCAAAAAUAUAUGCUGUUGGGUAAUAGUAUUAAUGUUAAAGUUGUAUCAGAGUUGAUAAAACUUUUAAAGUAG